AUGGCGCUAACGCUCUUCAACGACCCCUUCAUGACCGAGAUGGACCGUGCCAUGAACCGGAUGCUGUCAUCUUUCGGGAUGCCAACCACCAGGGGCACCGCGACUACUAGUAUGCCGAUGGAUAUUUUCCGCCCCUUCACUGGCACGACCUCCGGCGCGACUACUAUGCCCAUGGACAUCAUCGAGACGCCCACUGCCUACGAGCUACACGCCGACACUCCCGGGAUGACGCCCGAAGACGUCAAAGUGGAGCUUCACGAGGGCGUGCUGACGGUGAGCGGCAACCGCAAGGUGGCGCGCGAGGAAAAGGAUGCACAGGGCAAGGUGUGGCGCAGUGAGCGCAGCUCCUACAGCUUUGCGCGCUCCUUCACGCUUCCUGAGAACGUCAACUCCGACAACAUUUGCGCCACCAUUGACAAGGGAGUGUUAAAGGUCUGUGUUCCCAAGAAGGAGACCGAGCCCAAGCCCGAGCCCAAGCGCAUCACCGUUACCGGAGCCUAA